AUGGCGCUCGCCGCCGCGGGUCCUCACAACGGCGAGGAUUUCCUCCUGGGGCUGAAGAGCAGCGACUCCCGGGUGGUCUGCAGGACCCUGGCGACCAUCGCAGAUCUGGGCGAGGGCGGCGCGGCGUCGCUGGGCUAUGGCCCGGACGUGGCGGCGCUGACGAGGCACGCGGACGAGAUGGUGGCGCUGGCGGCCGCAGAGGCCAUUGGGCAGAUGGGCGCCGCUGGGCUGCAGCACAUGGACGCCCUGGCGAGGCUGCUGGCGGGCCCUGGCUCGAAGAGGAGGACCUUCGCUGUGGGUGCGCUGGGCCUGCUCGGGGAGGCAGCCGGGGCGCACGUCGGUUCCAUCGCGGCGCUGCUGGAGGACCCCGACCCCAGCCUGCGCGCCAGUUGCUGCGUGGCGCUGGGCAGCAUGCACGCGUCCACGGAGGUGGAGAAGGUGGCGCGGUGCCUCUCGGACAGCCACCCCGCGGUGGUCCGCGGCGCCAUCACCGCGCUGGCGCUGCUGGACACCGGAGCGCUGGCGAAGCAGGUGGCAGAGAAGCUCACAGACACCAGCAGGGACGUCAGGAUCGCGGCGAUCCUUUACUUCGGCAAGUUCGAGGACGCCGUGCCGCAGCACCGCGACGCGGUCUGCGCCGCCCUGCGAGACAAGGACGCCAACGUGCGCGCCGCUGCGGUGACCCUGUUUGGCACGCUCAAGGAUCCGAGAAGGCCGCGGCCCUGGUGCCGAGCGUCGCCGCACUGCUGGGGGACCCGGAGCCCGGCGCCAGGGCCGCUGCGGCGCUGGCCCUCGGCGGGAUCGGCGGCCCCGCCAAGGAGAGGGCCGCGGAUGUCGCGAGCUUGUUGUUGGACGUCUCCGAGGACGAUCGCCGCCGCCUGCGCGCUCGGCGACCUGGGGACCGGGCCCGUGGACGAGGUGGCGGCGCUGCUCGACGAGCCCAGCGCGCCCGUGAAGGCCGCGGCCGCCACGGCCUGCGGAAAGCUGACGGCGUCUGCGCCGGAGGCCGACGUGGCCGCCAGGGUGUCCGCGCUGCUGACGGACACGAGCCCCGCCGUCCGGGCGGCGGCGCUGGGGGCGCUCAGGCUCAUGGGCGACGAGGGCGCGGUUUUCACAGACACGUUCAAGGGCAUGUUUGCGGACAGGUCCCGCGCCGUGCGGGCGGCGGCCAUCCGGGCCUUCGGCGGCGUGGGGCUCAAGGGCCAGUGCUACGCGCCAGACAUUUGCCGGUGCAUCUACGACGGCGACGCGGACAUCCGCGCGGCUGCGCUGGAGAUCGGCCAGGGGGGAAGCGGCCAGAGGCCGCCGCCAGCUGGCACCCAGCAGCGUCGAGUUUAG